AUGGGAGAAAUAGAAAAUAACAGUCAUAAUAAUAUGAAACAUGAUGACAAUUUUGGGGUGCUAAUAAAAAAAAUAUGUAAUGAAUUAAAGAAAAGGGAUAAAAAUAAAAAUGGUUUAAUAACAUAUAAUACUUUUGUUGACGUAAUGGAUAUAUUUCAAAUUGAAUAUGGGAGCACCAUCAUAGAUUAUAUGAUGAAAUAUUGUGUUGUAACCGAAGAUGGAUUUGUAAAUUAUAAGAAAUUAUUGCUAAUUCAUGAUCCUUCAAAAACAAUUAAAAAUAAUUCUGAAUACGUAGAAGAGUCAAUAAACCCUAAAUUUAUAUAUAUGCAAGAUAAAUAUGAUGAUACUGAUAUACGUGUACAAGAAAAAAAUGAGAUUAUAAGAAAAUUAUAUUCACAAUGGGAUAAAUGUCUAUUAAAAGAUGAAGAAUUCAAAGCCAAGUUAAUUAAUAGAAAUAUUGACAUAACUCCAGAAUUCGAAAGGUCUUUAUAUUUAUAUGGACCAAGCAGAUCACUAAGUUUUGCAAAUGUAAUGAAAACAUUAUAUAUUAACAAUAGUAGAAACAGAAAAAGUAGGAACAAUUUUGUAAACAAAAUAAAGGAUGAAAAAUGUAGAAAAUUAAAUAUUGACGAAAGUGCUCAACAAUGCUUUCAGGAACUCCAUAGAAACCCUAUAGCGUGGAAAGAACCAAAUAUUAUGGAUGUUGAUAAUGUAAUUCAAAAUAUUGAAGUAAUUUCUAAUUAUUUAAUUGGAAAAGGGAAUUUUACCAUGAAUAAAGAAAUCAUAUCAAAAGACUUUUUUAAUAAUACAGUGAAAAAUUUAAUAAAAAAUUAUAUUACUAACAAAAUCUCGGAAAAUGAAUUCUACUUAUGCUUAUGUAAGCUGAAUAUAUCAGUAACUCCAGAAUUAAAUAACUUAAUUAAAUAUCAUGAAUUGGACAGUAAUGGAAAAUUUAAAGAUUUUGCCACAACAAUAAAUAGAUCUAUACAAAAGAAUACUUCACAGAAUUUGCAAAGAGGUAUGGAAUUAGAAACAGAUCAAAAAAAUGAAGAUUCAAACACGAAAUUUCCCUUUUAA